AAGAGUAGUAUGAGAUUAAAACACUACUCCAAUAAGAAACUCCUUACCAAUAAACCCAGUUAUUCUGCAAAAAAAGCUUCAAAUUAUUCCAACAAUGGAGGACAGUUUCAGAGUUCGUGUUGACAAAACAUUUGGUUCUCUCUCUUCUUCUUCUUCUCCUCCUUCAUCUUCCCUAACCCUAACUUCCUCUCUUUGGUGUCUCACUGACGAAGAAAUUCAAAAGCGUCAAUGGCCUCCAGAAUCCGAUGCUUCAAUCCCCACCGAAGAAGACGACGUAAACGCCGCUGUUAAUGACGCUUUUCUUCCCACCAACGUUGAUAAAUUCUUCUUCGCAGCAAAGGGUAAAUCAAUGCCAUCUGAGCAAAACCCUAGCCCCAAUCUUAACCCUAAUGAUCUGGGUUGUGGUAAGGAGCUCAAAGAGGAUCUUAAUGAGCUCGAUAACAAUGGCGGCGAGGGUUCUAGCGAGAAUAUGGCGUUGAGUCAGUGUAAUGAGGAUGUGGGUGGUGAUGAUGAUGAACUGGAUGUUAGGAAUUCUAUUGGGAAGGAUUGUACUCUUGAUUUUGAGGCUGAAGAGGACGAAUACGACAAAGUGGCUGUUGGAAGUGAAAAUGUUGGUCAACGACUAUACAUGUCUGAUGUGACUGAUUAUACAUCAAAUAUUAAUUCCUAUUAUGAGCUCCCUGAAACAUUAAAGGAGGCCCCCAGAGACCCACGUGCAAAUCACAUGGCUGCAAAGCUCAGGCUUAAAGAAGAUGCUGAAACUGCAAGAAGUUUCAAUUCAUUGCAUGUUUCUGAUCAAAUGGAGGAUGAUGUUUCUGGUGCCCAGAAUAAUGUUCCUGAAGAUGGAAACCUUCCCAAGUCAAUAUUGAAGCGAAAAGAUGAUCAGAUGGAUUCCAAGGCUGGAAAACGAGUGCGGUUUGAGCCCAUCUGCAAAAGAGAUGAUCACAGUGCAUCUGAAGAUAGUGAUAUAAUUGUCAUGUCAGAAACUUCUAGUGUAGAUUACUCUUCGUUUAAAGAAUCGUCUUCACAGCUGCACGAUUCUUCCUUGGUACCAGAUUAUGUACGCCAUCCUUUGAGAUAUACCCAUUAUACCUUUGAUUCAUCAGAUGAUAUGAAUGAAGAAUGUAAUCGUCAAGCCUACACGGACUUCCUUAAUAUGGUGAAGAAGUCCAAGUCAGAACCUGAAGAAGCUCCUGCUGAUCUUACAAAACCUGUAAUAUUUAACCCAAAGAAAAAUGAUGGUGUUGCUUCUCUGAAUACUAGCAAAAAGACUGAUCAUGCGAUGGGGGAACCAGUGCAGAAGAAAAGCUUCCCUCUAAUUAUUACUGCAGAGGACACAGAAGAGAAUGAAGCUGCUGAAAUGGAGGUAGAUGAGCAAGAAACUCCAGUCUUGAAGGUUGGUAAUGGAAAAAGAGCAGCUCGUAGAUAUCGCUCCAAAAUUAUUGAGGAAUCUAAGGAGCAUGAUAGUUAAUGUAUGGCUAGAAAUGACUAGUUAAUGUAACUAGUUAAGCUCAUUAAACUUUACACAUCUCUCAGGUAUAGAAUAUUCAAAUGUGUUAUUAGUGCUUCUAAUGUACCUUGCUGGUAAUGAAGAUCCUCUGUGAUUCCUUUACUCUCAAGAGUGUUUAAUAAUUACGAAGUAUUACAUUCCGUACCGAGUGUUACUUUCAAGAUCUUGGUACAUUGAA